CAUAUCUCCAAGUGUGAAAAACAGGCUAUUUUUAUCCCAAUCGCCUACGCACUAUUAUGUAACCCGAAACCGGCCCGAACUUGUCAAAAACGACCCCCUCACCCUGUCAAAUCCUAAAUACCCAAAACACAGCAUGGCGAAAGUCCAAAUCAUGGACGGAGGCCUCGGCACCUCACUACAAGACCAAUACAGCAUCAAAUUCGAUUCCGCUACAACACCUCUCUGGUCAUCACACCUGCUAGUCAGCGACCCAGCCACUCUACAAGCCUGCCAACGAGACUUCGCCAUCGCAGGAGUCGAUAUCCUCCUAACAGCCACAUAUCAAGUCUCUGCAGAAGGGUUUGCGCUGACAAAAACGCCCGCUUUUCCCGAUGGCAUCCCGCGCAGUGCCGCGGGGCCCUUCCUACAGACUGCAGUGGAUGCUGCUGAAAAGGCAAAAGUCUGCGACAAGUCGAGUAUUGCGCUUAGCCUUGGUCCCUACGGGGCGUGCAUGAUUCCUGGACAGGAAUAUAGUGGUGUGUAUGAUACGGAACAUGACUCUGAAGACGCGUUGUAUAGGUGGCAUCUAGAUCGACUGCGGAUGUUUGUUGAAGCGGAAGCGGAUGGGAAUCUUAUUUCUCGGGUGCAAUUUGUUGCUUUUGAGACACUGCCUCGGCUUGAUGAGGUUCGGGCUGUAAGGAGAGCUUUUUUUGAUUCGGGAAUUAAGGUGCCGUUCUGGAUUGCUUGUGUUUUCCCCCGGGCGGACGAUGUCUUGCCUGAUGGGAGUUCUGUUGAGCAGGUUGUGCAGGCUGCUGUUGGGCCAAUGGAAGGUGGUGGUGAGCCGUGGGGGAUUGGGAUGAAUUGUACCAAGAUCCAUAAGCUCCCUGGGCUUGUUGAUAAGUUUGGUCUGUGUGUUGCGGAGGCUAUUGCUGCUGGGCACAUAUCGAAUGUUCCGAUUCUGGUUUUGUAUCCCGAUGGAUCGAAUGGGGAGGUUUACAAUACCACGACACAGAUCUGGGAGAAGCCUGAUGAUUCCGGUGAUACGAAUAGUAGAGACACGCGACCCUGGGAGAAGCAGCUCGCACAAGUGGUCAAUGAAGCCUUUUCCAAGGGCCAAUUUAACUCGUUUCUCGUUGGUGGAUGCUGCAAAGCUUCCCAUUACGAUAUCGGAAAACUUCGAGAGCAGUUCUAGACCAAGUGACCAGUCUAUGGGGAAAAGAAAUAAAAUCAAAGUGUCAUGAAUCAUGCAUGGUAGAAAUGGUGGAAUAGAUGCAUCGCUCAUGCUAAAAGGCUGGUAUAUAUACAAUGAGGGUUAUCUCAAAAUAGCCAGUCGACGAACUUUCGCCCCAGGCCGCUAGGUUUAUUUUCCUGUGGCAUAAUCUCCCCGUCCACAAGACGACCGGACCAUAAAUCAAUAUUUGCGGCACGUUCAAACUGCAGAAUCGUAUGUUAACAACUGUAUUUCGAGAAAAAAAAAAAAAAAAAAAAGAUUAGAUGAGGCAACAUACCUUGGUACGAUACCAGAGCUUCCAGCAAAUAAUGGGAACAAUGAAAAUAGG